UUAUCAUUGUCUUAGUCUCAUUCAGAGUUUUUAUACAACAUGGUUUAGCAGAGUUAUCAUUGUCUUAGUCUCAUUCAGAGUUUUUAUACACCAUGGUUUAGCAGAGUUAUCAUUGUCUUAGUCUUAUUCAGAGUUUUUAUACAACAUGGUUUAGCAGAGUUAUCAUCGUCUUAGUCUCAUUCAGAGUUUUAAUACAACAUGGUUUAGCAGAGUUAUCAUUGUCUUAGUCUCAUUCAAAGUUUUUAUACAACAUGGUUCUGAAUUCAUACCGAGAGUUUUUAACAUGGAUUGCAAAAUCAUUGUUAUUAAAUGAGAGUACUUGUCAUGGCCAUCAAUCUCAAUAUGUAUACACUUGUUGAACAUUGUUGGCUUUUUCUUACUAGUUAAAUUACUAAUAUUCUAUUUUUUUCAGAUUCAUUCAGAACACAGAUUUAAAAUGGCAGAAGCAGCUCAAAGCAGGGUUCAGACCGCAAUCAAGGAUUUCAUCAAUGAGAUAGAUAGAACUAAGCUGCGUGGAUUGGAGAGAAGUAUGCAUUUAUGCGCAGCUGAUUGUUGUACAGACACUACUGCCACCGUAGAGGAUGUACAUAGAUGUGUAGAAAAGUGCCAGGGCCCAACCCAGAGAUCUCAACAGUAUGUACAGAGUGAACUUGAGAGAUUUCAGGAAGCAUUGUCAAGAUGUGUUCUGCAGUGUCAAGAUGAUGUCAAGGAUAAGGUUGGACCUAAUACCUCAGAGACUGAGAUCCGUAAAUAUCGCGGAGAGUUUGAAACCUGCGCCAUUGCUUGCUGUGACAAGAAUAUAGCUAAACUGCCGAAUCUGAUGGAGAAGCUAAAAUCCGCGUUUAACUCUGGACCAAUCUAGCCCUGGGGGUAGAAUACCCAGCUAACAAUGCAGUCAUAGGUAGUGAAGAAGAGGGAUCUAAUGGAUCAGUUUAAAUACCUUGAUCUACGCUUAACCCUGGUAUUCGGGCCCUCCUCUCUACCCUCUACGUCAGGAUAUCUGUACAAAUGUUGGAACCGGUUUUUAAACUGCUGUUUGGCACUGUGUUCUUGAGCUUGGUCGGUAACCUGGUGUUAACGUUAAUAUAUAUAUUUGUUAAAUUUCAGAA